AUGGCACCAUCACCUACACCGUCUGUGCCUUCUCAAGAAACCAAGAGAGCGAUGAGUUCUCAAGAUACUAUUCCAGACGAUACAUUGUACCAAGGAUAUCAAAACUGUCUAUCAGUUAGAGAUAAUGUCGUUUAUCCAGCUGUAGAUCGAGCAGAACCGGCAUCUGCAAGCAAGCAGUCCGGUAAUAAGAGCAAGGAACAGCCUGGCAAAUUCACCUCGCGCGAGACCAAAGAAGCAGCCUCACACACCAACGCUAGUAAGGCUAUCCUCCCUACAGAUCGAGUAGCGCUUAAAAACUAUAUAGAGCGCAAGCCUGAGGAGAGUCAUACCGAAGUGGUAGAUUUCUUGGAGGAAUUGAAAAAUAUAAAGGGGCAGCUAGAACAUACAUUAGGUAAUGUAGAAGACUUGGUAUCUCGUCUCCAAGAAGCGACCGAGCAACACACUCAUAAGACAUUGCCUAUGAGCGGCAAGCUCGUUAGAUGGGCAGAUAGUACUGGUACCUACAGCGCUAAACACGAUAUACAUCGCGCUAGGAAAAAAGCACGUGGAAAAUUCUAAACUUUGUAACAAUUCUUCGAACAACUCUAUCAACUAGUU